AUGAAUGUGGAAGAGUCUCGGAGAGGUAGUAACAGUGACGAGGAAGAUAGGGAUUUGACACCCGUACAGCUGAAACGCAAGGCUCAGAAUCGCGCUGCGCAACGAGCCUUCCGUGAGCGCAAAGAGCGCCACGUUAAAGAUCUAGAAGCCAAACUCGUAGCCCUCGAAAAGAACUCGCUAUCCAUCGUGGAAGAAAACGAGCGCCUAAAACAGCAACUCCAGAAGGCUGCCACGGAGAACGAGAUCCUAAGAGCUACCUCUGCCAACCCCUCUUCGCCCAAUCUCCCUGACGCGGGACCUAUGCGGUAUAGCCCUACCGAUUUCUACACUGAGGUGCUGCACGCGCAUGAGAACAAGACGCCCAGUCAUAGGAUCGUAAUCAGUGACAAGGGGGAGAGGCUAUUGGCGGCGGGUGCAACCUGGGACUAUAUCAUAAAGCACCCGCUUUACGAGAAGGGAUUAGUGGAUGUUGGGAAUGUGAGCGAGAGGUUGAAGAAAGUUGCAAAAUGUGAUGGUCAAGGGCCGGUAUUUGAGGAGAGAGAGAUUUUGGAUGCCAUUGAGCACAGCGUUGCGAGUGGGAGCGAUGAGUUAUUGUAA